AUGAAGACGCAGUCGACCAGCCUUCGGGUGAAGUUACCAGUGUUUGUGUUUGUUCUGGAGGUGAUUAUUGUUGCCUUGUAUGCUGCUUUUGUCACCUACGAUGAGCAUGCAGACGCCAGAUUUCAGACCAACAAUACCAACCCCAUGGACAAUGCAGUGUACAGGGACUACCCUUUUUUUGCCGACAUUCAGGUCAUAAUAUUCCUAGGUUUUGGCUGCCUGCUCGCAUUUUUUCGCCUGUAUGGCUUUGGGGGGAUGGUUUUUAACUUCCUGACAGCUACUUUUGCCAUUCAAUGGGCCAUUUUGGUGCAGGGGUACUUCCAGUUCAGCCAUGACGGUAAAAUACAUCUUGGAGUGAUCAACCUGAUAAAUGCAGAGUUUGCUUGUGCUGUAGUGCUGAUAUCUUUUGGGGCAGUUCUAGGUAAGACCAGUCCGCUGCAGCUGUUGGUCAUGGCCCUGCUAGAGGUUCCUGUGUUUGCAAUCACAGAGUGGGCUGUGCUCAAGUAUCUGAAGAUCAUUGAUGCAGGAGGAUCUAUUCUCAUUCACCUCUUUGCUUGUUAUUUUGGCCUGGGUGUCACUUUUGUUCUGUACAGACCUUGUCUAAAUGAAGCCCAUGCAAAGGAGAACACCAGCUAUCAGUCAGACAUACUGGCCUUGAUGGGGACCUUGUUCCUCUGGGUGUUUUGGCCUUCCUUUAACUCAGCGUUAACCCUCAAAGGAGACGACCAGCACAGAGCCAUCCUCCACACCUUCAUCGGCCUUGGCGCUUCCACACUCACGGCCUUCGCUCUCUCUGCGAUGCUGAACAAAAACGGUAAGCUCACCAUGGCUGACAUUCAGAAUGUGACCCUGGCUGGAGGCGUGACAGUGGGUGCGACUGUUGAUAUGAUGAUAUCGCCUGCAGCUGCGUACGCUCUGGGAAUGACGGGCUGCACUGCUUGCAUGUUGGGAUACAAGUACCUGAGCCCCUUCCUGGCAAGGCGCUUCAGGAUCCAGGAUCAGUGUGGAAUACAUAACCUACACGGACUAACUGGACUAAUAUCCUGUGCUGCAGGAAUAUGUGCUAUAUUGAUGGCUAGUGAGGACAUAUAUGGACCCAGUUUCUAUGAGAUAUUUGCCCACAGAGCACCAGUGGAAGGAGACCCAAAGCUGCAGGAGCUCCAGAUGCUGAUCCCUGGUUUAAAGCCAGGGUUGGGUAGGACUGCUCGAGAACAGGCUCUCUUCCAGGUUGCAGCCGUGUUCUCCACCAUAGGACUUUCAGCUCUAGGAGGGGUUCUCACAGGCUUUGUUUUGAAGCUGCCUCAACUCAGACCUCCAUCUGAUGAGAUGUGUUUUGAUGAUGAGUUGUUUUUUGAAGUCCCUCCUGACUAUGAUUCCCCACUGAGACUCAGAAGUGCAGUUACAAUAGAUGAAUCAAAUGCCUGACUGCAACA